CUGAACAAAGCGAUGGUCGAUGUGAGUCUGUCUCCGUGCGUCGCGUUUAUGUCACAGACCCUCGUGAGCGAGUCAAACCGCAGACCGAUCACCGAGCAGACCGAUCACCGAGCAGUGAAACCAAGAACGACGCCGGAAAUCCACCGUGUCCAACAGCGACUGGGUGGGCGGUGAUAGUGAAGGACUCAUUCCGAUAAAUGGUUCCCCCCGCAGAACCUGAUCCUGCAGCGAGUGUGCGGGCUCCCGGUGUCGCGUAUUCACUAGAGAUGGAGAAGAACCUGGACCGAGUGCAGAAGAAGCCGGUGCGCCUCAUUGCGGCUGCUUGCAAUGACAUGGGGAUCGGGAAAGGCGGAAAAAUGCCCUGGCAACUACCGUCUGAAUUCCAGUACUUCCUCGACACUGUCACCAGGGUGUCGAAACCAGGAAAGAUGAACAUGAUGGUCUGGGGUAAACUGUGCUGGUUGUCCCACCCAGAAACAACGUUCCCAUUGGCUAAUACUCUACAUGUGGUGUUGAGCACCAAACUGAAUAAAGUUCCAGAUAACGCCCACUACCUGUCCAAAGACUUUGAGAGCGCUGUCCGCUUGUGUUCAGAGCCCCCCCUCGCUGACCUGAUAGAGACCAUCUGGGUUGUUGGUGGAAUGCAGGUCUACAAGGACGCGCUGAGUCACCCGUGGUGCGAUUUGGUUUAUCUGACGAAUGUCAUGGCUGACUUUGAGUGUGACGUCUUCUUCCCUGAGUUUGACAGAGGACUGUUUAAACUACAAGAAAGAUUUCCUCAUGUACCAAGUGACAUUCAGGAGGAGAAAGGCAUUCAGUACAAAUUCCAAGUGUUCAAGAAAUCGAUUGGUGAUGCCGUUUAGAUUCAAGACUGCAGAAAUUGUGAUAUUAUCAAAAAAACAAGACUGGAUUUUUCUGUUCUUUCUUAAAAACCCUGUGCACAGCUCCUGGAUUAACUGCAGAUGCGUUGGUAAAAUUUAAACCCACAGUGUGUCGUACUAUUGCAAAUUCAAGGAAAAAUGUGUUGUAACCACCUUUUGUCAAUGAAGAGUAUUUUUAAUCCAUGACGAACACUGAGCACAGAUACUGUGGCAGUGGAACAAUUUGUCAACCCAAUUCGUCUUAAUUUUUGUUUUGCCUUUUCCUGCUAAGUGUAAAAAUAUUACAAUCACAGCUGGUCUAAAAAAAUCUGCUGCCAUCUACGAUCACCAUGUCACUUGUCAAUGUUUCCGACUUGUCCUCCUCCUCCUCCUUGGUGAUAUUGAAGCUGAAUGGAAAAUAUGCUCGACAGUGAAUCAGCAUCGACAAAGUGUUGAGUGAAUUAUCCAACUGGUUUGCUUUGAUGCUAUGAUGAUCUAUCUUUUCAGGUAUAGAUGGAUGUAGAGACACAAAUAGAUUGUGUAAUUUGUUGUGGUUAGAAAAGCUGCAACAUAUUUAUUGCCAAUGUUUUUCACUGUAUAGUUUUUUUGCCAGGGUUUUUAAUGAAGUGUGCCAAUGAAUAAAUCAAACAAGUAACACAUUUUUGAAUAAAUAUAUCUUGGCUCA